GAGCGCAGGCGGCGGGAUAUCUCUCCCUUUUACCGCCAUCGGAGCGGAGUCUCUUUCUUCACCCAGACUGUCUAACUGCGCAGCGCCUCUCGCUCACUCCAUCCUCCGACCGCACAGCGAAGCAUCACCUGAGACUCGGCUAAGAUGGCAGACAUUGAUAACAAAGACCAGGCCGAGAUGGACCCUGCAGACAUGGAAGACGUGGAGGACGUAGAGGAGGAGGAGACCGGAGAGGAUGAGAAUAGCAAAGCUCGUCAGCUCACUGUUCAGAUGAUGCAGAACCCACAGAUCCUGGCUGCUCUGCAGGAGAGGCUGGACGGUCUGAACGGCUCUCCAUCAGGAUACAUGGAAAGUUUACCAAAGGUUGUAAAGAGACGUGUGAACGCUUUGAAGAACCUGCAGGCUAAAUGCGCCCACAUUGAGGCCAAGUUCUAUGAGGAAGUUCAUGAACUGGAGAGAAAGUACGCAGCGCUCUACCAGCCUCUCUUUGACAAAAGAAGUGAGAUCGUCACUGCAGCUUACGAGCCCACAGACGAAGAAUGUGAAUGGAAGACUGAUGAGGAGGAAGAGCUGACAGUAAGUAAGCAGGAUGAGAUGAAGGAGAAGGCCAAGUUGGAGGAGGAGAAGAAGGACGAGGAGAAGGAGAACCCCAAAGGCAUCCCUGAGUUCUGGUUAACGGUUUUCAAAAACGUGGACCUGCUGAGCGACAUGCUGCAGGAGCACGAUGAGCCUGUUCUAAAACAUCUACAAGACAUUAAAGUCAAAUUCUCAGAUCCGGGACAGCCGAUGAGCUUCACAUUAGAGUUCCACUUCGAGCCCAAUGAGUUCUUCACAAACACAGUGUUAAUAAAGACCUACAAGAUGAGGUCGGAACCUGACGAGAGCGACCCGUUCUCCUUCGACGGACCGGAGAUCAUGAGCUGCACAGGAUGCACAAUCGACUGGACGAAGGGGAAGAACAUCACGUUGAAAACAAUCAAAAAGAAACAGAAGCACAAGGGCCGUGGCACAGUGAGGACCGUUACCAAAACCGUCCCCAACGACUCCUUCUUUAACUUCUUCACCCCGCCGGAGGUUCCAGAAAGCGGAGAGCUGGACGAGGACUCUGAGGCCAUCCUGGCUGCAGACUUUGAGAUCGGCCACUUCAUCCGUGAGCGUAUCGUACCGCGAGCUGUCCUCUACUUCACCGGCGAGGCCAUAGAGGAUGAUGAUGACGAUUACGAUGAAGAGGGUGAAGAGGCCGAUGACGAGGAAGGCGAGGAGGAGGCUGACGAGGAGAACGACCCCGACUAUGAUCCCAAGGUUUAAAUGGUGACUAUAGACAAAUAACCCUAUCCUGAAGGAUGCUACCCCCCCAGCUGAGUGCAGGCAACAGUGAGUCCUUGCCUGGCUGCCAUGAGGAUCAACUGCACUGUUCUGGCUUCUCAAAUUUAAAAAAUUAAAAAGUUACUUAUCGCCUUACAAUGUUUUGUAUUUUUCUUGGUAGGGAAUUUGAAGAGUUUCCAGAUUUUUGUUACAAAACCAGUGGUGAUAUACUGCGGGCCGUUUGGCUCAUUAUACAUAAUAUUUUACUAGACCGUUUUCCUCCUCUGUACCAUAGUUAGCCUGCAGGAAAACCUCUCCCUCAAACAGCAUGAUCUUGUUUCUUCACAGCUAAACUAGUUUGAGUUCUUGUGAAGUUUUUUUCUGGAUGUUUGCUCUUAGACAACAGCUGCGGUUUAGACGGCAGCAUCAGUUCCCCUCCUUCCUAUUGUUCCUCGUACCCAAGGUCCAGGUUGGCUGGUUCUGGUUGUCCCAGGGUGGUUUUAUUAUCGGCGUUUUAGCGUCGGGUGUUCAUUCCCAGAUCCCGGGCGCUAAAGUCCUCCCGCUCUUUCCGCUCGAUACAUUCCAGUAAGCAGACCGGCUGUUGAAAUGGCCCCAAACCCGAAGCUCGUCCAGUUCAGCUCAGCCUGGUUGAUUCUCUAGAACAUUCCAGAGAUCUGUGGAUUGGGGAACGGCUCGGUUCUGCUGGAGGACCAGUUUAUGGGGGGGAACCAGUCCUAGGAACCUGGAGCUUUGUGCUCGCUGUGGCGUGGCUGUCGUCUUUUCUAUUGCACUUUGUACCAGUGUGUGGUGUCCUGUCAGCGGUUAGCAGCACUUUGUCGCUCUCUGUCUAAAGGGAUGAUGGUUGAAUGCCGCUCUGGUUUAUUCUUUGAUUUUUACAGGAAGUGGCAAACUUUAGAAGCUUUAUCCAAACGUUGGGCAGAUGUAGCAAAGGGGACAAGCAGAAAGUGUCUGAUUGGCCGAGCCCGUUUAUCAUGCGCCACCUAAAGCCCAGCGGCUGAAGUCCUUUGUACAUUUAUUUAACUCACUGUGAACGGGGGAAAUCCUGCAGCCGAUGACCCUCCUCCAUCCCACUUCCUUUAUUUUUUAUUAACCUAGAACGCCAUAGGAAGUACGUCAGAGCAAUACUUUAAGCCAGUUAGGGGCUACCAGGAGGAAAUCCUAGCCUGCCACUCUCUCCGGUUCUUCAGACGGCAGUGGUGGUUUUGGACCCUGAGUGGGUCCAUUAUAGAGAGCCAGGGUACCUCUGAUACUGCAGGGAGCAUUCACAUCAUAUUCACUGGGAGAAGAUGCGACUGGGUCUCUGUAGGUCGCUUCUGAGCAGCUGUUGUCAAGGCAAAAUGCUAUGCUACAAAAAUACUAAUGUACUCAAUACCUGUACCUGUAUGUUCCUGAAUAAAUUGGUUAAACAUC